AUGAUUGGUCUACAAUACUUGCAUCCGUGCGGGCCACGGUUUAGCCCUAUCCUUCUUUUGCCGGUGGACCAACCCCAUCCAGCGAUUCACUUUUUUGACGCUCAACCGUCACAUCCUGGCAGAGUGAUCCGAGUUCUGGGUAAUUUAAGUUGCCAGAGGGGUCGCUACGAAAUUCUUAUACCUGGUCCCAUCUGCAAGCAUGCCACCCGGAACAUGCUGCUUUUUCUUCCCCAUAUGAGAUCAUGCUACCGCGAUAAACCCUUGCAAUUCUAUCCACUUUCCAUGUGCUCUGGAUUUUUCAACUCAAUAAACAUCUCUAUGGCUUGCUAG